AUGUCUAUUGCGAGAUCUAUGCUUGAUGAUAGACAUCAUGAGCUGGCAGUCCCGCGUAACGACGAUCCCUUGUAUACGCUGGGAACCAUUGGUUCGUACAAAGUCGUUAUUAUAUGUCCGAGAAGGCCAAGCUCGCAAGCCUCAGUAAUUAAGUCCCUAUCUGCGACUCUUCAUGAAAAGUUCAGCUCCGUCAAAUACUGUUUCAUCACAGGAGUUGGUAGCAGCAUUCGGCCCAACGUCAGGCUUGGGGACGUUAUAGCUGACGUGGGGCAAGGGGAACUCGAACUGGAACAUGUUUCGUGGUGGAAGACUGGGGAGUGGACGGAGCUUCCUAAGACCCUGCUCGCUAUUUUGAGAGAGGUGAAACUGCAUCAAACGCGCCUUGGCUCAAGAAUAACAGAACACGUUGACAGAGAAAAGAGCGCGAUGUCCGCUACUGGUUCGAUAUCUCUCACGGCUGAUCAAUUGGAGGACUUUCUGUUCAAGGCGAACUAUGACCAUGUGGAGAACUCUACUACCGGGCCUGAUGGCAAUUUCAGUCGUCAUGAGACUCUGCGAUCUUCCCGGUCUAUAGAGAAGCCAUGUGGCUCUUGCGAUAUGUCGCAAAUCAUCAAUAGACUACCCCGAGAAAAGAGAGUCCAUUGUGGAAUGACUGCUUCUAGCAAUCAGAUCAUCAUAAAAAACGCCCUCGAGCGGGAUGAGUUGGGGAGGCAUCUACCUGAUGAUGUACUGUGUAUGGAACAAGAUGCAGCGGGCUUGACGAGCGCAUUGCCUUACCUGCUGAUUUGCGGCAUCUCUGACUAUGCGGAUUCGCACGGUAAUGACAGCUGGAAGGAUCAUGCCACAGCUGCAGCAGCUGCCUGUGUGAGGGAAAUCUUACUUCAUAUGCCACUCCACGCCUUCUUCUGCCAUGGAAUCCCUGGAUCGGGGAAAUCUGUUCUUGCAGCGGCUGUUCUUGACCAUCUCAUCGAAGUAUUUCAUCCGGAUGCAACAGUUAAGAUAUGCUAUAUCUUCUGUCGGCUGGACCAGGCAGAGCAAGGCGUCUUGGGCUUGAUGUCCAGCAUACUGAAGCAGAUGUGCCAAGUCGAACAGUCUCUACCGCAGGUUUUGCAGGACUUGUUCGAUUCACAUAGCAAGCAAAGCACAAAGCCAUCAGUGGACGAGAUAUGUAGUGCAGUCGAAGCACUGGUUCUCAUGUCAUCGCGGACCUUUAUCGUCGUUGAUGCGCUGGAUGAGUUGGAACCAGGGAUCGCACAACAUUUCGUAUCACGGCUCUUCUCUUUACAGUACCAGACUAAAGCAAACAUCUUCGCAGUUUCAAGGUCCGUUUAUGAUAUUGUGCGGAGAUUCCGAGACCAUGGAUCAAUAAUCAUGGAGCAUCGCGCGAGGGAGGAUGACAUCAAUAGAUAUGUCGAGAACAACAUGGACCAGAUGCCGAAUUUUGUCCAUGCCAAUCCCGUACUCCAAGACAAACUAAAGAUUGAAAUAGUCAAAUUGACUAAUGGAAUGUUUCUGUAUACGGAACAUCUUAUCGAAUCAGUAAGGGGGUGUACGACAAAUAGGAGCAUGCUACGUUAUUUGGACACGAUAAUGCGGCGAAUUCAGAAGCAGGACGCGGACCACACGGAUCUUGCUAUACACAUUCUAAUAUGGGCAGAGGUGACACGCGGAUCAUUGACGAUUAAAGCACUACAGCACGCCCUUGCAAAUAUCCCAGAUGAGGCCUCCAUCCUGUCAAGAAUUGGAUUUUGUCAUCUCUCGGUGCGUGAAUGUUUCAGGGCGCAAAAGAGCAAGUGGUUUCCCGACGCUCGGCUCCAUAUCGCCAAAACAUGCCUCACAUAUGUCUCGUUCGACACAUUCAAUUCAGGAAUGGCCCAGGGCAAAGAAGAAUACAAUGACCGCUUGCUGCUUAACCCCUUUUUCGAGUAUGCGAGUACAGGAUGGGGGCUCUAUGCUCGAGUGGAAGCGGAUCUCAUCGACAGCCUACAUUUCCUAGUAAAGGAGCAGAAUGUUGCAGCAGCAGCUCAAGUAUACUUCCAAAGGAUACCUCAGAUCACAUUAUCUGAAUUUGCCGCAUUUAAACAACCAGUUGGCCUGCACUUGGCGGCGUGCUUCGGCCUGAUUGAAGCGGCAACUUUCCUCCUCGGCACUUACGACCUCGCCGUCAUAUCCGGGCACGAAAACAUGGUAGAACUUCUCAUCCACAAACAUGCUGACAUCGAAUCCAAAGACUCGCGUGGGCGUACAGCGCUUUCACUUGCCGUCAAGUGGGGACGCGUCUCCAUCGUGGACCUGCUCGUCAAGCAUGGUGCCAAGGUCAACUUUUACGAUGAGGACGGCCAUUCUCCACUGUUGCAAGCGAUUGAAGCUAAUAAUGAAGACAUUGCGCAGUUGCUCCUGGAGCAUGGGGCCGAUAUUGAGACGGAGGAUUCUGGAUGGAGGACCUAG